UUCUCCACAGUCUCGGAAACCCCGUGCGGGAGUGAGUUGCCUUCUUUUUCCGGCGGCCGCCAUUCUGCGAGCAGGUCGUUGGAGCAAGCGACGCCGACGGCCGCUCCUCGAGCAGCCGCCAUGCAGAUCUUCGUGAAAACCCUGACAGGGAAAACUAUCACCCUCGAGGUUGAACCUUCUGAUACUAUAGAAAAUGUCAAAGCCAAAAUCCAGGACAAGGAAGGAAUUCCUCCUGAUCAACAGCGACUGAUUUUUGCUGGCAAACAAUUAGAAGAUGGACGCACUCUAUCUGAUUAUAACAUUCAAAAGGAGUCUACCCUUCACCUUGUGCUGAGACUUCGUGGUGGUGCAAAGAAGAGAAAGAAGAAGUCUUACACCACCCCUAAGAAGAACAAGCAUAAGAGAAAGAAGGUGAAGCUUGCUGUCCUUAAAUAUUACAAGGUGGAUGAGAAUGGCAAAAUCAGCCGUCUACGUCGAGAGUGUCCCUCUGAAGAAUGUGGGGCUGGAGUGUUCAUGGCUAGCCACUUUGACAGACACUAUUGUGGCAAGUGCUGUUUGACAUACUGCUUCAACAAGCCAGAAGACAAGUAAAUGUUGUAAUAAAAACCUUUAAAUGUC